AUGGUGCUCCUCACAGCCUCAACGGUCUCGGCCAUCGUAUCGAUGGGCGUUGUCUGCAUCUUUACGCUCAUGCUAUUUGUCUCGGGCUACGUCCUCCAGCAAAACUCAGUGAAAAAUAUUCAACAUGCAUUACGAAAACCCCCAGAUAUGGCCACAGCUCCUGGAUAUGGAUCGGCAGCCCAAUAUCCAGUCAAUAAACGUGGCCUAUCUGACUCGAAUUUGGGCCAAGUGGAAGAGCAAGGAGUCCUUGGAGGCAGUGAAGCUUCUCCCUCAAAGUUGAAGAAUAACUAUGCAUACCUCCAACUAUUGUCAAAGCCCGAUCCCUCCGACAUCUGCUCUGCCAUAUUGUUCUUCAAAAGGCUUGCAACAAAUGGCUCUGCGAUUGCGGAUCGCCUUUUCAUGUACCCUGAAGAAUGGGACCGCAUGUCGGGCAAAACUCUUGGUGAAGCGAGCACCUUAGCUUUGGCUCUUCUUCGCGCCGCCAGUAUAAAAUAUGGGAUCUGGCUGCUACCGAUCGACGUCAGUGCCGCAAUCCGUGCAGGAUACACAAUGUCCGAUACGAAGCUGCUACGUUUGGGGCAAAUUCAGUUCAUGCAAUAUGACAGUGUCCUGUACCUGCAAUCUCCGGGGUUGAUCAUGGAUGUUGAGAGACUGGAUCAGGUCCUUCUCUCACACUCGCUCCCAUUGCUUCACGACUGGAAUCGCCCAGAGUCCUAUGACAAUGAAGCCUGGACACCUACAUCUUUGCGUCCAGAUCGUGACGACAGUCUUCCACCUGUCUAUCUUCUGACAGUCAACAACGUGGACGGCGGUCGUGUUCAAACCAGAACACACGUGCCAAAACCUGAUCUCCCCGGGUUCAGCAAUCUCGUUGUCGGGCCUGCCGAAUUUGAUCGCUCAGCCGAGGUUCCUGGAUAUGUAUAUUUUGAGAAUGAUAGAGAAGGACAUGUCAAAUGGGCAGACAAUUCGCUCUUCGGCGCUUGGCGUUCACAGCAACAUGAAGUUUGCGGGGGACUUGAUUUUGAUGAUGACGGCUAUUACGAGACAUGA